UGCACGGUAUGAUGUCACACUGGCAGAGCAUCUUAGAAAGGCUGCCUCCAAAAAGAUGACUGGAUAUUUGUCAUGGUGCACUCAAAAUGAAUUUUUAGAUUCAAUAUCAGAGUGCGUUUUGGGUAAAAUUUCUGCCCAGAUCAAAGCCUCCAAGUACUUUGCAGUGGAACUGGACUGCACACCUGAUAUUUCAAAGCAAGAGCAGGCCUCAGUUAUCAUUCGAUAUAUUGAUACAGAUGAAAAGAAAAAUGUCACUAUUACUGAGUCUUUUGUGGGGUUCACUGCUGUGAAGGACACAACUGGGAAAGGCCUCACACAUACACUAAUAGGGGUGCUGGAAAAUCUGGGGUUGGAUUUGGCUAACUGCAGAGGGCAAAGUUAUGACAAUGGCUCUAAUAUGAGGGGAAUAAACAAGGGUGUCCAAGCUUUAAUACAACAGAGAUGUCCAGAGGCUCUGUUCAUCCCCUGUUGUAGCCACAGCCUGAAUCUUUUGUUAUGUGAUGCAGCCUCAUCCAACAGAGAGUGUCUAACUUUCUUUGGCACUCUUCAAAGAUUGUACACUAUCUUUUCGUCUUCUGUGAAGAGGUGGGACAUUCUCACAGAGUUUGUCGACAUCACACUGAAGCCUUUGAGUGACACCCGGUGGGAAGCAAAGCUAGACUCUGUCAAAGCUGUGCGUUUCCAAUUGGGGGGGAUUUUAGAUGCACUACAAAAGCUUGAAGAAGUUGCAGGAGACAGCAAAAUUGUCUCAGAGGCAAAGUCACUAUCUGAUGAGAUUGUUAGUAUGGAGUUCCUUGUGUGC